AGCUGUUCUGGAUUGCGCCCUCCAAGAAGUGAAUUGUGUUUCCUAUUUUAAGGUCACAUUCCAGGAGAACGGCAUCAGGGACCUGCGGAAUGAAAUAAUGGUAACACAGUAGAAGGCCACAGGGAGUGGACUCCUGAUUUCACUGCUAUAGGGAACUUGGAGUUAAGCCUCCCUUUCAUUCCGGGAUGAGAAAACUCCCACCUCCCAUGCCAGUCGGCUGUUUUCUGCAACUUAGAGUCGUAGGAAUUGGCUCCCGGUACGAACAGUCUCAGUCUUGUUCCUGGGCAAGUGGCCAGCAAGUGUCCAAGGUGGGACUUGAACUCAGGUUGCUCCAACUCAAGGCCAGCAGGCCUGCUAUGCUCUUGCCCCCUCCGCCUGCUAUUCUGACCAUCCGAUAGAAAGUAGCCAGCCAUAGAUAGGACGCCAUCCUGCCAGAAGUUCUGGCUUGACCCAAGAUAACAAAUUAACGAACCUUGGAGGAGGGAUCAGCCUUGUUCUGAUCAGUCCUAGGGGGUGGAACCGGGAGCUAUGGGUGGCCUCUCCGGGGAGCCAGAUAAAGGCUUGAUUUUAGUAGAGGCUGCCUAGCACAUCGCUUACCAAGUAAGAGUUGCUCCCUGCAGAGCCCGAGACGCACUGGACUCGAGAUUUCUCUAGUAGGAGGUCGCCCGGAUAGGAAAAUUCAUUCCACCGGAUGCACAUCACGACUCGUGUAUUAAUUUUUAGAGCACCCUGCUGAGGACUUGAACCUUGGGCUCCUGACCCCAAGGUCAGCAUCCCCUUUCUCCCAUCUCUUCCUCCCUCCUCCUCCUCCUCCUCCUCCUCCACUGUCAUCACUGUGGACCUCUCGCCGGGGACCCCCUGGAGAGGAGGCGCUAUGAAAUCUAAAAGCCGGCAGGGGAAAAGAGGGAGGAGCUGUGGCAGCACCAGCCAAAGGCCCUAUCCAGGCACCAGAGCUAGAGCCUCGAGCUCGAGGACCCAGACAAAGGUUAAGGCGCGCUCACGUGGUGUAGUUACCGCCUCCCUAGCCGCCGCCCCCUCCGCCUCCGCCUCCUCCGCCACUGCUGCAGUAGCCGCCACAACCGCAAUGGCUACCCGGAGCAGCCCGAGGCGUGCUGCUGGCCUGUGCAAGCAAGCACUCCAGGGGCCCAACUCGUUUAGGCGCCUUCUGAAGGCAUCCAAGGUGGCAGAGGACCCUACCCUGAACCGCAGGGUAACCGAUUAUUUCCCAGUCCGGCGCAGUACCCGCAAGAAUCGCGGGGAGCUGCGCACCGAGGCCCGGAUCCGGCUCAACGAGCUGAUCAAGAGCGGAAAAGAGGAGGGCAUGAGAGUGGGGAUCUUUGACGGGAAAGGCCGAGGCGUGAUCACCACUAGGCCCUUCCGCCGUGGCGACUAUGUGGUGGAGUACCAUGGCGACCUGAUCGAUCUGCCCAUGGCCAAGAAGCGGGAAGCCCGCUACGCAAAAGACCCCGCCACCGGGUGCUACAUGUACUACUUCCACUAUCGGAGCAAAGGCUACUGUGUGGACGCCACCAAAGAAACAGGCCGCCUGGGGAGGCUCAUCAACCACAGCAAGAGUGGCAACUGCCAGACCAAGCUGCACCCCAUUGAUGGCGUCCCUCAUCUCAUCGUCAUCGCCACCCGAGAUAUCGAGGUAGGAGAGGAGCUGCUCUAUGACUACGGUGACCGCAGUAAGGCCUCCUUGGAAGCCUAUCCCUGGCUGAAAUACUAAGGGCAGCUUGCCGCAGGUGGCCAAUCCACUUGGGGAGCCCACGUGGUCCCCAGGCCUCACUGGAAAUGGCUGUCUGGAGAGCUGCCCUGCCAAAAACCAUCAACUCCCAACUUCCUGUUGCAGGAAUGGCCAAGAAACCCACCCCCCCAACCUGGACUUUCCCUGCCUGAGCUGCCCUGACCAAAAGGUGAUUUCAACGCCGCCCCGCCCCCCCUCCCCCCCCUGCCCCUUGCCCUGGACUUUGCUAGACCGAGUUGCCUUGGAAGAACCCACCGUGCCCACAUUGCUAACUCCAGCUUCUUUGGGGCAGAAAUGCCCACAAAACCCACCCUGCCCCGUGACUUGAACUUUCCCAGCCUGAAUGACUGGCCAAAAUGGUGAUUUCAACGUCUUUCCUCCCCCCUGCCCCCUGCCCCCUGUCCCUUGCCCUGCCCUGGACUUUCCCGGACUGAGCUGCCUUGGAAGACCCCCCCUACGCCCAAACAACGAACUCCAACUUCCCUGGGCACAAAUGCCCAGGAAACCCACCCUGCCUCCUGAUUUGGACUUUCUGGGACUGAGCCGCUUUGGAAACCUGCCCUGCCCCGCUCCAGUAUUCGUCUGGGCUUGGGGAAGCCCACCCGGCCUGGGACAUUGUUUGGACUUUUCUUUCCUGGACAAGGGACCCCCGAAGAGGACUGACUUCUGGGUUUGUUGUGCUUUGGUUUGGGGGGGUGGAGAGGGGAGUGGGGUUCCGCCCAAGCCUAGUGGAUCAUUUCUGUUGAUGGUUUAAGAUCUGUUGAAAUGCCUUCGGAUUUGACUCGGUUGCUUGAUUAUUGGUUUUGAACCGGCUCACACAGAGAGCCUUCAGGGCCCCCACUUUUUCUGUUUCUCAUUGGUUUGUGCCUUUUCUGGGGUUGCAGGGGCACUGCCUCAGCCUGGUGGCAGGCUGCUGCCUGCGGGGGUCUCCCCUACUGCCAUUUGCUCUCGGAUCUCUUCUCCCAGUAGCAGGUGUCUGAGAAGCACCUCGGGGAGGGGGAGAAGGGAGGGGAAGGGGGUUUGGGGAGAGCUCUACUGCAGCCUUAGCAGAGGCCCCUUCCACCCACUGGUGAGGCCCUCAGGACCAAACCCGGGAGUGUGGCUUUUGCUUUGGGGAUGGCUGGGAAGGGGGGGGGGGGACAACAUGGCGGUAGAGAUCUGAAUCCUGGCCCAGAUAUUUCUUUAACAUUGUUUAGCCGGGUGGCCCUGCCCCUGCACAAGGCAGUUUACUUUGUAAGUCUCAGUCUCCCCAUCCAUAAAAUGCAAAUGGAAAUACACCCCCCAUCGCUGCACAAAUCAGUUUACUUUGUAAGCCUUGGUUUCCAUGUCUAUGAAAUACAAAUAAUAUUACACCCCCUAUCCCUGGGCAAGUCAGUUUACUUUGUAAGCCUCAGUUUCCCUAUCAGUGAGAUGUGAAUGCUAAUAUACAGGGAAAACUUUGUAAAACUUACAGUGCUAAAAAAAUCAGACAGGAUAAUUAUAAUUUCCCAGAGGAAUGGAAAUCAUUAUUCUAUUCUAUGGAGCUGAAAGGUUUGCAAAAGUACUUUUUAGGGGCUCUCUUUCAAUCCUCACAAUGCCCCUGAGAUCUAGGUGCUAUGCACAUCUUACAGAUAAGGAAACUGAGGCAGAGAGGGCUUAGAGAACUUGCCCACAGCCACAUGUAGGUCUUCCUGGUACUCUGACAAUCUAGCCACAAGGCCAAGUUCUGGGAUUGCAGUCUAGGAGUUCUUUUCACUAAAGCUGCUCAUGACCCCUGCUGUGACUAGAUUUCCCCCUCUUCCCAUUCUUUCUCAGUUCCCUCCUCUCCCUCGUUCCCUGUUUGCCACCCAUAUUACCAACCAAGUCCAGGGUAACCCUCCCCUGCUACCUUUUAGGGAUUCUAGUGGCCAUUUCCUUAGUUGAAAACUCAAAAGUUCAUGCCAGAAAUAAAUGGUGCCUUUGCCUUGGGGAGCCCCAAAGGGAGACCCCACCCACCUAGUCUGGACUCCUCAAAGGCACUCUUUUCCUUUUUUCAUUUCAGAGCGAUCUUUAUGUGGCUCCCACUUUAGAAAACCAAGCUAGCUCGUGGCCUUGUUGCCAAGAAAUGCCACCACACUGGGGAAUGUUCAAAAGCCUUGGGUAAAUAUGUCUUGUUGCAGAAUGAGAUGCCCCAUCGGAGCUGCCAUCUGCUUCACAGCAUGGCGGCCCACUUGCGUUAGGAUGCUAUCAGUGGGUUUGAAGGGAUGCUAAAAUGGAACAAACGGGUCAAAGUUGGGAGAUGGUGGGGGGAAAUGUGUCGCCUUUGGCUGCUGUGGUGUUGGGCAGAAAUUGUUGUCUUUUUGCUUGCUCUGGUUGUGUGCCAAUGCUUCAAAUAAAAGG